CUUUUAUCAUUUUUAGCAUUUCUUAUAAAAAGUGUAAUUCAAUCAAUUUACAAUAUAUUUUGUAUUUAUGCAUUCCAAAAAACAUUAUUGGUAUGAAACAAAAGGAGUAGAGUAGACGGUGGAUAUAGGGCCAUGAUUAAUUAGAGUCAAGGCAUUGUGAUUAGUUUGACAUUUAAUUACAUCCGUCAUUAUGUCAACGUUAUUGUAUUUAUCCCCAACUUGAUAAUGAAAAUCCGAUAUUAAUUUUGAUAUCUUAAAUUUCAACGGGUUAAUUAGCUAAUUAUAACAUUUAAUAAGAACUCAGAUGCGUGAAUAAGAUCGCAAACUAGUUCCAUGCAUAAUGCAUCUCUUGACUUUGAAAUGCAAUUCUUGACUUUGAAUCCCAAAUGAACCAUCUUGUUAUAUACUUGAAUAUAUAUAACAUAAAGCGUGACAUUGUUCUCCAAAUUAUAUAGUUAAUCACUAUAAACUACAACUUGGCUUAAUAGUCAAAUUCAAAACCAAGACUCAUUAUCACCAAGUCUUCUCCAUUAUUCGCUAUAAAUAGAUUGAAACCCUAAGCUAAUUACAAUCACAAACACAAACAAAACCUCUCAAAUAACUAAAUCAAGAACAUUGAACAUAACAAUGUCUUCACGACAAUCGGUGAGGCACCCGAGUCACAACCAUCCAUUGCGUGGUCACAAAUGCGAAGCGAAAGACGAAAUCAUCUGCUCGGGUUGUGAUCUCGAUCUGGUUGGUGCAGCUUUCAAAUGUACGAAGUCAUCAGAUUGUGAUUACUUCUUGCACAAGUCAUGUUUUGACCUUCCACGUGAAACCAACCACAAAUCUCACCAAACCCACACUUUGACUUUACUCUAUUCCCCAAAGUCAACGUACACGUGUAAUGCGUGCGGCGAGUACGGAUCAAGUUUCACGUACAACUGUUCGAUCUGUAAGUACGAUGUACAUGUCGGAUGUGUCUCAAUGCCUGAAACCGUGAAGCGUGAAGAUCACGCACAUCCACUCACUCUUCUUUAUGGUUCUCCUUAUAACCAACCCGGUUUAGUUUCCAAAUGCGAUGUUUGUGAAGACAUUGUCCCGGAUAAUCUCUGGUCGUAUUAUUGCAAGGAAUGUGAUUAUGCUACGCAUUUACACUCAUGUAAGAAAGAGGAAGAGGCAAAGAAAGAAGAAAAAGGAGAAGGAAGCAAAAGCUCGGUGAAUUCGGAGUUAGCUGCAAUGUUAGAGGCUCAAAGAGAAAUGGAGAGGAUGCAGAUUGAGAUGCAUUUGGCGAUGCAAAGUGCUUUGAUUUCGAAAAAGGCUAAUAAGGCGGCUCUCAAUUGCAUAUAAAUUGAAGAAAGUUGGGAUUCAUUGGGAUUCUUCAAAUGCCCCUUACUCGUAUUUCUGAUUUUUUUUUUUUUUUUUGGCUUUCUCCUUGAUUUGUUGUUAUUGCUGCCAAGUUUUCAUGUUGUUUUUGUUGUUAUUUUCUUUGAAAUUGUUAUAUGAAAUAAAAGAAUUAUCAGUUGUUUUUUUUUGUUGAACGAUUGUUGCUGCUUUCCGUUUUGCAAACUAGGACCUUUGCAUAUGUUUCAAGUUCCAUCAUCCAUUUUAUAUUACUUUAUGACAAAUAUGCACAUAGUUGAUACUCUAGCUAUGAGUAUCAUUAACAUUUUUUAGUAUUAAUUUUAAUGUUUGUUUAUUGUUGGAGAUUUUUAU